UAAAUAUGUCCGAAUAUUUUAGAAAAUAUAUCAAAAAAGAACAUUAUGCUAAUCAUUAGUAUUAAAUUCUAUUAAAAUUGUAGCUCUAACCUAAAAUUUAAAACAUCUUUUCGAAAUUGCAUAUUGGAAGUAUUUAACAAUUAUUAAAGCAAGGCUUUUAAAAGAAGAUUAUGGAAAGAGACUGAUGGAGAUGAUUGGGAUAUAAUGUGGGCUGAAAAAGAAUGGAUUCAUGAAGUAAUGGAUCAUACUCAUCUUUAAUCUAAUCAAAAAAUAAAUCAUUUUAGAAAUCAUUAUGAAGUAUGAACAACCUGAAUAAAUUAGUUAACUAGAAAAGAUCUUAUGAUAAAGAAUUUAAAACGAUUUAAGAAAAACUUAGAAAGAGAAGGCAAAUAAGAUGAUGCUAAUAAGUAAUUACUGCAUUAAUUAAUUCAGUUAUAAUUUCUUUCCUUUAACUUUCCACUUGCCUAGUGAAUAUCCAAUAUUCUUUGAGGAAUUCAAAAGAUAAUGUUCAAAUGGUGAGACUAAAACAGCAUGGAUUAUGAAGCCUGUAUUAAUAUAAAUUCAUUUUUAAGAUUGGUAAAUCAUAAGGAAAAGGUAUAUUCAUCUUCAAUAAAAUUUAAUAAAUAUCAUAAUGGAAAAACACUUUACGAUAUAAUCAAGAUAAUCCAUAAGCAGAAGCUUACAUAGUUUAGAAAUAUAUAGCAGAUCCAUUACUUAUAGGAGGUAAGAAAUUUGAUAUGAGAAUAUAUCUAUUAUGUACCUCCUAUUAACCUUUAACAUUAUAUCUAUAUAGAACAGGAUUUGCAAGAUUUACACAUCAUCGUUAUGAUAAUGAAGAUAUUACAAAUACAUGUAUUAUAUUUAUUUUAAUAUAAUUUAAGAUGUUCAUUUAACUAAUGUAGCAAUUUAAAAGACAUCUGACAAUUAUGAUGAAAAACUUGGAGGAAAAUGGAAUUUAUAAACACUUAAACUUUAUUUAAUGACUAAAUAUGGAUAAGAAAAAGUUGCUGAAACUUUUUAUAAUAUUUAAAUGUUAAUGGUUAGAUCACUCUAAGCAGUCUAAAAAAUUAUUAUUAAUGAUAAACAUUGUUUUGAAUUAUAUGGAUUUGAUAUUUUAUUAGAUGCUUAAUUAAAACCAUGGCUUUUAGAAGUUAAUGCNUAUUUCCAACUGAUUAUAAAAACUUGA